AUGGCCAAACCUUCCCAGAUAUGACCGAAAGAAGUUCAUGAAGGAUGGUAUAAAGCAUGAACCUGCUAUGAAGCUUGAAAAACAAGCUAAGAUAUUAAAAGAGAAAACAAGAGCUCUUGAAAAAAGAAAAAUUGAAUAUCUUUGGCUUUUUCUGUGUGGAAUGCAUACGGUAUUUUACAAUACAUUAUAUAUUUUCCGUGAUGAUCCGAUGAGCUCACAGGAGAUCCUUGAAGUUGUUAAAAAUCUCUUACUUAAGAAGAAGGUUAGUGGAAAAAAAGGUCGCAUACCUUUAGCCGAUACUUCUAAACUGCAAGAAGGGAUAAUAGAAAAGCCAGCCUUCUCAAAGUCAGAUUCAUUCAUUUCUUCCAUCCCUGUUGCUAAAAAACGAAGUAUUAGCAAAGUUUUGGAUGCUUCUGCAGAUAUCCCAUUUCAGAAUGAUGGAUCUGUAGAUAUUUUGGAGAUUUUAAAGACUGCAGUACGUGAUUUCGACCAAGGCAUAAUUGCACUAGGAUCCUCCUAUUCAUACAAAAGUUCUAAUCAUUUGUAUAUAAAUUCUGAGCAUUAUAUCAAAGUUACAAGGAAAAGUACAUACGACGCUGAAAUGUACCGGGUUUUAGUAAAUUGGUUAAUAAAGAUCCAUGGAUAUGAGAUCACUAGCCAGUGGCAUCUUGAAAAAGUUUGUGAUGAUGAAGAGUACCAUCACCUUUAUUGUGACCUAACUAUAAAAAAGCCCAAUGGUCCUCAUCUGGAAGCUCUUCUUGAACUAUUGGCAAUGACAUCCAUUUCGAAAUUGGAUGGGCAUUUUGAGCAAGUAUUUAAAUAUGAAGAGCAACUCCAACCCCAAGAAAUUUGGAUCAUACACUUCUCUCAUGAAGAUUUUAUCAUAACCAAUCUGUAUUGGCAAUGUGAAAAACUCCAGAAGAGGGUGUUAAAUGUUGUCCAUUUCUGGCAUAAUAGGGAGUUUAAAAAUGUGAGGAUGAGUGCAAGAUUUCGUAAUGUUACUGGCAAUAUGCAAUCUGAAAUAGAUGAGACCAAUUUAUUGAGAAGUUCUAUUGGCAGGUUCUUGGCUGAGAAUGAUAAAAUUAAGGCUGAGAAUAAUAAAAUUAGAGCUGAGAAUACUGAGCUUAAGGCCAGAAUUGCAAAAUUGGAAGAUAUGCAAACACAGAAUGAACUAAUAAAAAAUUUGCUAUUAAUAUCACAAAAAAUACUUACCUGA